GUGCGUUCCAGCCGCCAGUCCUGCCGCACCGCGCCGCACCGCAUCGCACCGCGCCGGCUCCGGGGCGCCUGCUGCUGCUCGGGAGUAGUGGAUCGGGGGAAAGAGAAUCCGGCCGCUCCGGAGGGACAAGCUGCCCGCGCCGCGGUUCGAGCGGCCUCCCCGUGCGCUGCGCCGCCGCCGGGAGCGCGGCUUCAUCUGUAGUGCGUGUCACUGGGCCUGGCACUCAUCGCGGCUUCAAAGGAACCUAUUGGAGGUCGUGUCAAAAUGGAACGUGAGUGUAUGGAGAAGAUCAACCAUUACUGUCAAAAGCAGAAAUUUACCCUGGUUUAUGCUGAUGUCAGCAUGACUGGCCCAUCUCAUGAUCCCGUGUUCACCAUUGCGGUUAAGAUAAAUGGUAAAAAAUAUGGUACAGGCACUGGUAAAAAUAAGAAGGAAGCAAAAGCAAUCGCAGCAAAAAAGACCUGGGAAAUGAUUGAGAAACGGCCAGAGAGUCCUUCAAAUACCCAAGCUGCAGAAUUACCAACAAUUCAGAUGACCUUAUUACCUGUACAGUCCGGUGACUAUGUCAGCCAACUAAAUACGUAUUCACAAAGGACCUUGCAAAGAGUUGAUUAUCCUAACACACGUACUGGAGAUGCUCAUGCUCCUGUGUUUUCUUGUCGCUGUACAAUUAGUGGUUAUGUGUAUGGAAAUGGCACUGGACCUUGUCUAGCUGCUGCAAAACAAGCUGCUGCAAAACAAGCAUUUGAGAAGCUAGUUGAGGAAGGCGCUAUAACAAUGGGAAAUGAAACAUCUAACAGCAACUCUACAUUUAGCAACAAUAGCGAUUCCCAUCAAGUGUCAACUCAGUCUGACUCGGAUUGCUUACUUUUCAGUAGCAACAGUAUUUGCUUUAAAGACUCAGCUGCAAAUUUGGCAGACAAAAUGAAAAACAUGGCAGUAUGUGAAAAGCCUUCACCUUCUCAGAGAAACACACCAAGUUCUGCUCUGAAACCCCAAAGAAAAUUGGCAGCUAAUUUUGAUAAUGCGAGAGACAAGGAAGAGGUAAAAAAGAUGUCAGAUGAGAGUUUGCCAGGGUUGGACACAAAUACCAGUGAGGGAAAUGAAAGCCCAUACACUAUGGAUAAAAGAUUUCUCGAGAGUUUUAAGAACAUAGAACCUAUUGGUGAAGGUGGCUUUGGGAAUGUUUUCAAAGCAACAGCAAAGCUUGAUGAGAGGACCUAUGCAGUCAAACGAGUUCAAUUCACAAAGAACAUGCGUGAAGUAAAACAACUUGCAAGACUUGAACACAAAAACAUUGUGCGGUAUUACAAUAGCUGGCCAGGGUACGACCAUGUAACUUCUCCAGCCUCAAGGCAGAAGUCAGACAAAAAAAUUCUCUGUCUUUUCAUUCAAACGGAAUUAUGUGAACAAGGGCCAUUGGAAAACUGGAUUGAAAAGAACAGACGAGACCGAAAGUAUCAUGAGAUGGCACAAACCACAUUUUUGCAAAUACUGGAAGGAGUAGAAUAUAUUCAUUCUAAAGGCUUAAUUCAUCGAGACCUCAAGCCUCAGAAUAUAUUCAUAUCAGAUGAAGAUAAAAUAAAAAUAGGCGACUUCGGUCUUGUGACUUCUGUGACAUGUGAGAAUCUGACUGGGAACACAGGAACAAAAUCAUAUAUGGCACCAGAACAGUUCGGGGACAGAUACGGAAAGGAAGUAGAUAUUUAUGCACUGGGGUUAAUUUGGUUUGAGAUUCUUUCGGCAUUCAGUGGUCAUGAGAAAGAGAAGGUAUGGAGUGAAGUUAGAGAUGGUGAACUUCCAGAGAGCUUCAGCAACCGAUUUCCAUCAGAGGUAUGGGGUUUUAAUACAUUAUUUCAAUUAGUUUAUUUACUAAUUAAAGAUAAUUUACUGACAUUUAUUUCUUUAUACAGGCACCCAUAAUCAAAAAGAUGCUUUCAAGAGACCCUUCACGAAGAUACUCUGCAUCUCAAAUACUUGAACUUUUAAAGUCUGUUGAUAAAGACAAGCCAUUUAGAACUCAUACUAAGUAAAUGUCCUUUGAAAAAGCUUUUACUGUGUUUAAAUCCAGAGUUUGAUGUCUCUUAAAACUGAUGAAAUACCAGUACAUGUCAGAAGCAACAGCAAGACUUGGGUUAUGUCUUUUCCUUGGUGUUUUGCCUUCCUGCCAUUGAGAAGCUCAUCAGCAUCAUAUCACCAUUCACACCCAUCAGCUGCAGACCAGGGUACCAUGCUUCUGCAAGCAAUCACUUGCGAGUUUACCUGGAAACACAGGUUGUGGAUGAGCUGAACUAUAUUCUACAGCACAUAAAGCAACCUAGUCCUCGUCUCCUAGAAGAUUAAGUUGUGGUGGUGCUAACUGGCCUGUGACAAAUCACUGUAUGCGUGCUCUUAACACGUGUUGCAUCCAUUAUCAGUUGAGGUUAUCUACCAUUGAAGAAGUGCUGUCUUGUGGUAUGUGAUUCAAACCUUUCUGAUUUGUUCAGUGAUGUUUUUAAUAAUUACUAGAAUACUGUCAUUAAUACAAAGACUAAUUGAGGUAGAGAAAAUACUAGGAAUUGGUGUUGGGUUAUUCACUGAAUUUCAGUUCUUUACGGUUCUUUUUUUUUUUUUUUUCCAACAGUUCUUUACAGCAGCUCUACAUUCCUGUUGAACACCUACUUCCUUCAGUGCUCUAGAACUUAAAAAUACAGUAAUAGAGUUUAGACUUGCUUUAAACUUCCAAAACCAGAUUUUGAGUGGGUGCUUGCUUAAAAGGAAUAAUAUAAAUGAAUGCACAGUAAUUUUUAUAUUCUUAUGGAAAUUAUUGCUGGUCUGCAAGUAUUUAUUGCUAAGUAAGAAUCUGAUUUACA